UAGCCUCAUCCAAUGGUCUAUAUUCUCGCGCAAAGCAUCAUGGGUAGGAUAUUACCAAACAGAAGAGGAAGAAGGGGUAAAUAACUGACCCAGCCCUUAAAAUACAACCUUUUCUAUUCUUUGAAGGCUACAAUGACAUCAGGCAACAUGAGCAGCGAUGAAGAGAGGAGUAUGAGAGAGUGCGAGCAGUACGUGCAGAAACACAACAUCCAGCAGCUGCUGAAGGACUGCAUCGUCCAGCUGUGCACCUCGCGGCCAGACCGGCCAAUGGCUUUCCUCAAAGAGUACUUUGACAGACUGGAAAAGGAGGAGAGCAUGCAGAUGCUGCUGCAGCAGAAGGCCUCGGGCUCCCGCUCGGACUCCCGCGAGGAGGAGGUCUCCCCCCCCAUGAACCCUGUGGUGCGGGGACGCCGCCGCCGCGGGGCCAUCAGCGCCGAGGUGUACAACGAGGAGGACGCCGCCUCCUACGUCAGAAAGGUCAUCCCAAAAGAUUACAAAACAAUGGCUGCCUUGGCCAAGGCCAUAGAGAAGAAUGUGCUGUUUGCCCACCUGGACGACAACGAGCGAAGUGACAUAUUCGAUGCCAUGUUUUCGGUCAACUACAUCGCUGGUGAGACGGUCAUUCAACAAGGCGACGAGGGGGACAACUUCUACGUCAUCGACAUUGGAGAGAUGGAUGUGUACGUCAACAGCGAGUGGGUGACGAGCAUCGGGGAGGGGGGCAGCUUCGGGGAGCUGGCCCUGAUCUACGGGACCCCCCGCGCCGCCACCGUGGGGGCGCGCUCCGACGUCAAGCUCUGGGGCAUCGACCGGGACAGCUACAGGAGAAUACUCAUGGGGAGCACAUUGAGAAAGCGCAAGAUGUAUGAGGAGUUCCUGAGCAAAGUGUCCAUUCUAGAGUCCCUGGAGAAGUGGGAGCGUCUCACCGUGGCCGACUCCCUGGAGACGGUGCAGUUUGAGGACGGCCAGAAGAUCGUGGUGCAGGGGGAGCCAGGAGACGAGUUCUUCAUCAUCCUGGAGGGCUCGGCCGCCGUGCUCCAGAGGAGGUCUGAGAGCGAGGAGUUCGUGGAGGUGGGACGGCUCGGGCCCUCCGACUACUUUGGCGAGAUCGCCCUGCUGAUGAACCGUCCGCGCGCCGCCACGGUGGUCUCCCGCGGGCCCCUGAAGUGCGUGAAGCUGGACCGGCCGCGCUUCGAGAGGGUCCUGGGGCCCUGCUCCGACAUCCUGAAGAGGAACAUCCAGCAGUACAACAGCUUCGUCUCCCUGUCUGUCUGACCCCCCUCACAACCUCCUGUCUGUCUGUCUGACCCCCCCCCUCCCUCCUGUCUGUCUGUCUGUCUAACCCCCCCCCCCUCCCUCCUGUCUGUCCUCCCCCCUCCCUCCUGUCU